CAUAGAACAAUGGCUUCAUCACCUUCACAGAAUGACCUUACAUCGUGUUCCAUUUGUUUUGAAAAAUUCAGGACACCAAGAUGUCUGCCUUGUUCACAUUUGUUUUGCCACGGUUGUCUAUCGUCCUACAUCAUGACUUCAUGUGAAUCUAAAGAGGUGCCCAUAGGGUUUUCAUGCCCUCUUUGUAAGGAAUUUAUUCCAUCACCAUUCCCCGGCGACAAACUAGAAAACUGGGCUGAAAAAUUCCCAAUCUGUGAAAUACUUGAAAAAAUCAACCAACUUAAGGAAUCCAGUUUUUGUUCAGCGUGUCAGAGGGAAAACGAAGAGGAGGAAGCAACGGAUAUUUGUCUCAUUUGUCAAGAGUUUUUAUGCAGAAACUGUACGAAAUAUCACAGACGAAAUCUGGCAUCGCGAACACACAAAAUUGUAUCUUUGAAUGAACCUAAAGCGGUAAUUGAAUUAACAUCUUUACUAAGAAACGAAAAUUGUCAGGAGCACCCCGACAGAAAGGUUGAGUUGUACUGCAAUGAUCACGGUAAGCCAUGUUGCACUCUCUGUAUAAGUACGGAGCACAGGAGAUGUGACAGCAUCGACGACAUACAGAAAGCUGUAGAGAGAAUAAAGAACAGUGAUAAUUUACAAGCAUUGCAAAAGGAAUUCAGAAAAUAUGAAGAGGAACUGUUGACAGCAAAAAAGAGCCACGAAGAUAAUAUCAGUGAGAUAGACAGUACUUCGGAUCUUAUUACAGAAGAAACAAAGAAGCUGAAGGAAGAAAUAAUUGAACAAUUAGACAAACUGGAAAGCGAGCAUCAUAAUGAAUUAAGCAAAGUUAUGAAGGAGAGCAGGGGAAUGUUAAACAAAAAUAUUGAUUCUCUUUCAGACAGGAUUAAGUUUACGAGGAUCUGUUUAACAAAACUUCAGGAAAUGAAAGCAGAAAGAGGUGCUUCUUUUAUGAAGGAAUAUCAUAAAAAUAAAGGAAAUUUUGAAAUAAUGAAAAGACAAAAUACAAGCAAAAAAGAACUCAGAAUCCAGAUUGAAUCUAAUGCAGCUAGAGAACUUGAAAGGUUUAAAAAUUCAAUAUUACUGUUAAGGCCUCAAGUAAAAAAUAUUGUAAGAAACCAGUUCACUGACUUGGACUUAUUAAACGCCCAUUUUUCUGUUCUUUAUGAUUUUGAUGCACUGGGUCUGAAUAUAUGCAGUGGCACCUUUCUUCCGGAUGGAACCUUCGUAGUAGCAAGUCACAGUAAAAGUGAAAUUGGCCUCAAUAAGUAUUCUCUGACCAAUGAUACUUCCACACGGCUAAAAACAUUCCAUUCCGACAGUUAUCUUUUUGAUGUACGAUGUGUCGAAGAUGAAUUGUAUGUGACUGACCACACAAAUAAACGUGUAAUCGUCAUUUCAAAUGAUACCUUCAUAAAACUGCGUGAAUUUUCUGUUCAUCCAAAGUUUUAUCCUUUUGGUAUAGCAAUCUGGGGGAAGUUUCUAUUGGUUGCUUCUGAAACAGCAAUACUAAAGUACGAUAUGCAAGGGAACUUGAUUCAUUCUUACCCCGUAGAAGACAGAGUUCUGUACGUAGUUGUGGUGGACAAUGGACACAUUGUGUAUAGCAAUGAGUACACCCAUAAUGUGAGUACCAUGGACGAUCAAGGAACAGCACUAUGGACGUACAGCAGCCCUAAACUUAGGACACCCUAUAGUGUGGACAAGGAUGAGAUGAAUAAUAUCUAUGUGGCUGGUACAGACAGUAAUAAUGUUCAUAUAUUGUCUUCUAGUGGCAGUCUCAUCAGAAUUGUAGAAAACAUUCCAAGGCCUGCUUUUAUGAAAGUUAAAGAAGGAAGUAAUAUUUGCUGUGUUUGUAGCAACUGGAAGAACAUUAGAGUAUAUGAAAUAAAGUAACAGAUAUUUAUAUUGUACAA